UAUUACUUACCAUUUCUCCCCUCUUUCUUCUCUCUUUCACUACUUUCAUCUACUUUUGUUCCAGACGGUGGUGGUUAUGGGAAACUGCUGCCUCGGCAGCGGCGGAGACGGCGGCGGUCAGUCCGCCGUCGGCGGAUCUUCUUCUCAUCCAGACGCCAAUGCUCCGAACGACGCCGUUGAAGGUUUUCUCCGGACUCGCGGCUACCACGGCCUUUACACUCAGAUCGAGCUAUCCUUAUCUGCUUCAAAUUUACGUGACCGGGAUGUGCUUUCGAAGAGUGAUCCUAUGGUAGUUAUAUAUACAAAAGGAAGGGAUGGUUCGUUGCAAGAGCUUGGCCGUACUGAAGUCGUUUUAAAUUCAUUAAGUCCUCAAUGGAUCAAAAAAGUUAUUAUUAAUUAUUAUUUUGAGAUGGUUCAGACACUGGUGUUCCAUGUGUACGAUAUUGACACUCAAUUUCAUGGACUAGAUGAAAAGAUGCUUAAGUUGGAUGAGCAGCAACUUCUGGGCGAGGCUACUUGUUCAUUAUCUGAGAUAGUAACUAAACGAGACCGCACAUUGGCCAUAGAUCUUAUGAGAAAAAUGGAAUCUACAAGCUCAACUCAUUUAAAGAAAUUAGGGCAGCUCAAGGUUCAUGCAGAAGAAUGUGCUGUCUCAAAAACGACAGCUGAAUUGGUAUUUAGGUGCACUGAUUUAGAGAACAAGGAACUCUUCUCCAAAAGUGACCCUUUCCUAGUAAUUUCUAAAUGUGUGGAGAGUGGGAAUGCCAUUCCUAUUUGCAAAACAGAGGUUUUGAAAAAUGAUUUAAAUCCAAUGUGGAAACCCGUCUCCAUAAGUGUCGCACGAGCUGGAAGCAAGGAAACACCACUCGUUAUUGAGUGCUUCAACUUUAAUAGUAACGGGAGGCAUGAUUUACUUGGCAAAGUUCAGAAGUCACUUGCUGACUUGGAAAAACUGUCUUUUGGUGGGCAAGGAGAGCAUAUGUUUGUGCCCAUAUCUAUUGGGAAAGACCAGCAGACUAAGGUAUUGAAGAGUCGGCUAUAUGUAGACAAGUUUUCUGAAAGUGUUCAUCAUACGUUUCUUGAUUACUUGGAUAAUGGCUUUGAACUGAGCUUCAUGGUGGCCAUAGAUUUCACAGCAUCAAAUGGAAAUCCCCGUUUACCAGAUUCGUUACAUUACAUCGACCAUUCUGGACGUCCAAAUGCAUACCAGAAGGCAAUACUAGAUGCUGGAGAGGUACUGCAGUGUUACGAUUCCGAGAGGAAGUUUCAUGCAUGGGGCUUUGGAGCACGGCCAAUUGACGGCCCCGUCUCUCAUUGUUUUAACCUAAACGGGAGCAGUGGCCACUCAAAGGUUGAUGGGAUUCACGGAAUUAUGAUGGCAUACGCAAGUGCCCUUUUUAACGUCACACUUGCGGGGCCAACCCUAUUUGGACCUGUGAUUACUGCUGCAGCAAGGAUAGCCAGCCAGUCGUUAGCAGCUAAUGAAAAGAAAUACUUUGUGUUGUUAAUUAUCACGGAUGGAGUGAUAACAGAUCUACAAGAAACAAAAGAUGCCCUUGUGAAUGCAUCUGAUUUGCCACUAUCUAUCCUUAUUGUUGGGGUUGGUGGGGCCGACUUUAAGGAGAUGGAGAUUUUAGAUGCUGACAAAGGAGAGAGGCUUGAAAGUACAACGGGACGCGUUGCAACACGUGAUAUAGUCCAAUUUGUUCCAUUCCGAGAUGUACAAGGUGGAGAAAUGUCUGUUGUUCAAUCACUUUUGGAAGAACUACCUUCGCAAUUCUUAACCUUCAUGAAAAACAGAGAUAUUCGCCCAAGUACAUGAUCGCUUACAAAAACUGUAAAUACACGUUACUAGUGCUUUCUAUCAUAUUUCAUGUGCAAUUUUCGAUUUCAUUCUUUUCAUCCUCAUGAUUUGGAUAGAUGUGCUGGUUCGAUUGUCCCGCACCAACUUGUGGGGCCCAUUAAACACGAGCCAUCAAAUCUAUCCAAAUUAUGAGUAAAAAGGAGAGAAUGGUUUUGAAUAUGUCACUUGAAAAUGAUAGAAACACAAAAUCAUCAUGUUGUAUGUUUUAGUGUUGAUUUGCACAUCACAUCAUGUGAUAGUUUUGGAGUUGAACUAUUUGACCACGUACCUGUGCUUUGAAGAGGUUGACUUGUCUUGUUAAGGAUGUCAAUAGCUUCAUCUCUUGAAAAAUUGUAAUUUUUUUCUUUUUAUUUUUUUUAAUUCCUGUAAUUUACUCUAUUUAAAAGUGAAUUGAAAAAUGAGUUGUGAUUUUCGGUAGACGUGCCGAACAUUUAAAAACAGUACAAAAUAUAGAAAGAAAUUGGUAAUUA